UUCUCUCCAGCUUCUGUCGCAUUUCCCAACAGCCUGCGGCAGUCUUCUCGCGACUUCUGUCAUGCCAACUUGCUUCCCCGAUCUGCCGGAUAUCGGGACGCGCGAUCCACGUAAAUAAAAUCACUUUAAACUUUUGCCGCAAACCGACAGCGAUCGCAAACGAUGGCCAAAAAUCAACGCCGAAGUGUCACCGUCACUUUGUUGUACGUCUUCUUUAUCAUCAACCAAGCUCUGACUGAUGGACCCCGCUUUGUCGAACCUAUACCAAAUGUGACAGUACCUUUGGGCAGGGACGCCAACCUACCAUGCGUCGUGGAGAAUUUAGGCACUUACAAAGUUGCAUGGAUUCAUAUAGAUAGGCAGAUGAUUUUGACAAUACAUCGUCAUGUCAUAAGUAGAAUACCACGCUUCAGUGUGUCACAUGACAAUGCCAAAACAUGGUUGUUGCAUGUAAAUAACGUUCAUAAGGAAGAUAGAGGCUAUUACAUGUGUCAAGUUAAUACGAAUCCUAUGAUAAGUCAAGUUGGGUACUUGCAAGUUGUUGUUCCUCCAAACAUAAUAGACAGCCUAAGUACCCCCUCCAGCGUGGCAGUGAGAGAAAAUCAAAAUGUAAGCCUAACUUGCAAAGCAGAAGGAUUUCCCACACCGAAGAUCAUGUGGAGACGCGGAGAUAGUCAGGAAAUCACAGUACGAAAAAGAAAAGUGGCUGUUUACGAGGGCGAACAUCUGAAUCUGACCCGCAUAAGCAGGACCGAAAUGGGUGUUUACCUCUGCAUCGCCACGAACGGGGUGCCACCGUCAGUCAGCAAGAGGGUAGUUGUAGACGUGGAAUUUCCACCAAUGAUAUGGGUUCCAAACCAGCUGGUUGGUGCACCUGCUGGUACUGACGUUUCUCUGGACUGCCAUACCGAAGCUCAUCCUAAGGCCAUCAGCUACUGGGUUAGGGACAAUGUGAUGUUAUUACCUACCAAGAAAUAUGGAGCAGACCUAACAGAGAAUAGUUACAUGGCGCACAUGAAAUUGACUGUCCGAAACCUCCAGGCGACCGACUUCGGCAACUAUCGGUGCAUCUCGAAAAAUUCCCUCGGGGAAACCGAAGGCUCCAUCAGACUCUACGAAAUACCCAUGCCUACAACUAUAUCUCGACCUACUGAAGUUAGGAGUCAGCUUCACAAAGAGAAUCUUGCGAAAAGGAACGUCAGCAAAAUAAGCCAGGAAGAGCGAGUAAAAAGCAAGAUGAUGUCAUCUUACGACAGCGACGAAAUUAACUCCCAUAGAGAAAUUGAAAAUCGACAUGAAUCUGGAAAUGGUUACCAUACUCCUUCUAGUCCUCAACUAUCAGGAUGCAUCAGCAUUACCAGAUGGACGUUUCCCCAGUUCGCAGCUGUGAUCCUCAACUGUUUUUUCUACCAUUGCCGUGUGUAACCUAUCGUAAAAUCGAUGUCGGCCUUGCUGAUUUCAUUAUUUCAUUUAAAUAAACUUCUUUAUUUUCGAAAAUUGACGGAAAUACAUCACAAGCAAUUGACGAUACAUAUCUGAAAAAAGUUGUGGUUGAAUCUAAAAAAGGAAUCACAGGAAUAUACGGCCAAGUCUCAAAUUUAAUUCUUGGAUUUGUUAAAAACUGUAACAAUUAGUUAUUUUACGAAAGUCAAUUAACAAUUUUUAAGACUUGAUAUAAAUUCAUUCUUUUAUCUGUAAAAUGUUAUUUGGUCGGUUGAUGUUAUUUGGUCGGUUGAAAUGUAAUUUGAGUUCGACAAAUGACUGGUCUAGAAAUACCCGAAUGAACUGGAGCCGCUUGUAAAUAAGAUAAUCUGUGAAUUUCUCCAUGCAACUCGGAUAAGAGCAAGUAUAGAUGGGUACUAGAGAUGAGCAACAAAUCGCAAACUGCGAUUCAUUCGCAGCGAUUUCAAAUUCGCAAGCGCAACCUACGAUUGGCUCUCAUAGGAAACUGCGACAGCGAUUUUUUCUAUUUGCAAGUUUCAAUUUCGGCAGCCAAUAUUACUAUAGUUGCGAUUUGCGAUUUUGCUGCGAUUUGCGAUUUUGCUGCGAUGGUGACUUUGUAAACUAGGACCGUGAUAACCUUCUAUCUGCGAGUUUAAAUUUUAGGAGUUGCGAAUGUAAUUUUGUGGUCCAUUGAAGCUUAUAGUAAACUGCAAUUGAAUUUUUUCUCUGAUUUUAUUUAUUUAUAGAGAAGAUAAUAUUUUCUAGGGCCAAGAUCGGUAAUAUACCGAGUGUUUCUCAAGAGUGGUUCGCCUCUAUAACGUAUUCAUACGUAAGCAUAUGACAUAAAUUAGGAUUGAUUGACGUAUUCAAUCGUUUCGAUCACUUCCUGUUUCACCGGAAAUGACUACAACUUUUGAUUUUUAAAUGAAAUCCUCGGUAUUCUUUU